CGUCAUUCCAAGGGAGUUGCAGUGAAAUGUGGACUUCCCCAAACUUGGGAGUUUGAUCACUCACAACGUGACUGUGUUUUUUUUGUUUUUUGUGAAAGUCGUGCACGAUAAUAACAGAGAAGCCUCUUUUUGUUCCAGUCUCGGGAGUUAUUUAUUUGAAGGCGUUUGCUGUGCACGAACUGCCGCAGAGCAGAGAUGGAGUGGCGUUGGGCACUUUUCACCCUGUUUUUGAACUUUCAGCUCGCCAGCGGGUCUCCCUCCUCUUACGGCUUGUUCCAUGGCUCCGCUUCCACGGGAGCGGAUCAGAGACACCGAAACAGGAACUGGUGUGCCUAUGUGGUGCGCAGGAACGUGAGCUGCGCCGUGCAGGGGAGCGUGGAGAGCUUCCAGGAGCCCGUGGUGGCCCCCUGCCCGGCAUACCACCCCGACUGCCAGCAACACGUCACAUACCAAAAUCGAUUUCGACCUACGUACAGGACUUCCUUCAAGUCGGUCACGGAGCUGGAGUGGAGGUGCUGUCCUGGUUAUCAUGGCCUGGACUGUAAAGAUUUAAAACCAACCUCCGACCGGCAAACUGUUCAGAGAAUGCAGCCUUAUCUCCAACCCAAUCCUGGAAAUGCAUACAGACACACACAAAGGCCGGAGCGGAGAGAGACAGGGAACCAUGAGACGAGGCACGGCGGGACAGAUAAGGUGCGUCUUCUUGAAGGUGAAGUUCAGCGCCUAUCUCAGACAGUCCUGGAUCUCCAGUCCACUUUGUCGGGGUUAACUGGCAACCUCCGCACAGAUCUGCAGGAAGACACAAAGAAGAUACUGGUGACGCUUCUCAACAACAUGCGUCCACCAGACACUGGGACGGCCGCGGGCGCAGAGGAGAGCCCCGCGGUGCUGGACGGUCAUCAGGCUACCAGGGGGGGGAUUCCUGGAGAGAGUGCCAUAUUAAAAAUAGUGACCCGGUUGGAUGAUAUCAACAGUGAACUGAAAAGCAAGGACGAAGCUUUGGAAGACCUAAGAGGAACCAUGACAAGUCAUGAGGGGCAGAUCCGCGUCUUGAUGGAUGCCUCUCAAUCUCAGACUCCAGCCUUGGCGGAGUUUGAUGCCAUACAGGCCUACGUUGAUGGAAGGUUUGAGAAGUUGAAAAAGGAGCUUGACCGGAAUUUGGAGGAACAGAUUGGCAAGAUGAAAAGCUCAUGCGACGACCAGAUCAAGAACUGUGAAGACAGCCGUGAUCAAGGGUUGGUCAGCCUGACCAAGCUGGUGGAUACCAAAGAGGCUGAUCUGAGAAAGGAGAUCCGGGCACUACGUCUGGACAUGGCAGCAGCUGAUGGACCAAUACGAACUCAAAGGCAGACUGAUUCAGCCAAAGCGGAAGCAGAGCACGGUGACCACAAAGACCUGUGGCGUGAGAUCGACCGUGUUGCCGAGGCUAACCGCAUGCUGAACGUCCGCAUCGACAAUGAGCUCGCGCACCUGUCUGCACCUCGGGAAACCGACGAUUUCAACCUGAUGAUUGAAGAGCUGGAAGCGCGCGUUAACGUCUCAGAGCAGAAUGCAGAGACUCACUGCUUCUAUAUCGAAGAGAAGCUGACCGAAAAAAUCUCAGCACUCCAGCAGCUUCAGGAGCAACGUCUGGUGAGCAUAGAGGACCACUUUACUAGCAUGCUGGAGGAAAUGAACAACAGCUCUUACCCUGGGAUGUCUAGUAUUUCCAUGGAUGCCAUCCAGACAGAAGUCAACAACAAUACGUUACUCCUGCAAGGUUUGGAUGAUAAGGUCAAUGCAUUUAGUGAGUUGUGCUCUGCAGGAUGUUCAGGCUCAGGAGUAAGUGUGGGGGCAGGGAGUAUCUUGCCCACACAUAACGGUCUAGAAAACAUUUUUGAGGAUCUGAGUCGGUUUAGAAAUGAUUUGGACGUUCUCAACACAGAUGUUAGUACCAACGCGGACAAAGUAAAGCAACUGGAAGAUCUGGUUGGAAGGCAGUCAGUCGCAAAUGAGAGAGGUGCAAAGACGAUGGAUGACUUCCAGAGGUCAUUGAAAAAUCUCCAAGAUAAUGUGCUCGGUCUGGCUGGUGCUGUUACCGGGCUAAGUGACUCCUUAAGCAAUUACAACCAGGACAUGCUCAGAAUAAACUCAACAUGCUGCCAUGGAGAGCGGAGCGGCUUUGGGAGUCCAGCACCGGAGAACUGGGCACCAGUGAUCGCGGAACCCAGUAGCCAGGCAGAGGAAAACAGACUACAUGUGGAAGAGCUGAAGACCAGGCUCGACGCUCUCAGUAGUUUGGUGUCAUCUGAACUAAGUGAAUGUAAACAGAACACGCAGGGCGUUUCCGAUGGUAUGUCUGCUGUCAAUGGACGCGUGUCAAGUCUUGAAAAGGCAUGUGGAAGGAUAGAUGGGGUCAUAUCCAAAACCAAAGAGCUGAAGGACGAACUGCAGAGACACGUUGGUGGUCUGCGGGACAGUGUGUUCAGGAUGAACGUCACCUGCGGUAAUCACGGAGCAGACAUCACCGCUCUGCAGCAAUCCCUGCAGAGGUUCCAGGCGCAGCUGUCCGCGAUGACCAAGCAUGUCUUCAAAGACGCCGCCGCCAAAGAGCCAGGAAUGACCCUAAGACCAGAGAGGCCCGCCGCUUCCCUGCCAGACUCCACCAGAGCCCGGAUCCAACAAAUCCACAUCCCUCUCAUCAUCCCGGCGCGCCCGCCCAACCCCGGCCGACCGCAGCAGCAGCAGCCCGGCGUGCACGCGGUCGAGGUCAGCCCGUCCGGCCCCCAGCACCCGGUGGUGCCGCUGGUUCCCGCGAGGCCGGUGGUGGAGACGGGCGAGGCGGGACCCCCGGGGUACAGCCGCAGGGUGACGGUGCGGCGGGGGUCCGAGCACUCGUCCGGCGCGGCCCUCAAAGGAUUUGCUGGAGCACCAGGAUAUCCCCCUCUGCAGCCCGCCUCUCUCAAGCCUCAAUCAAGCAGCCGUCAAGUUCCCGCAGCGGCGACGCUGCCCUGGAACCCGAUGUUCCACGCUCCAGCUGAAUCCCCAGCUCCCGCCGACUCCAGCGCGGAGCCCUUCUCCUUCUCCGCCGGCCUCACGCAGCCGCCGCUCGCCGGCGAGUUCGGCUUCAUCCGCUUCAACCGGGUUCUGGUCAACGACGGAGGACACUACAGCCCCCACACAGGGGUCCUCACCGUACCUCUGGAGGGGCGAUACCUGAUCUCGGGACUGCUGACCGCCAAGCAGGGCGACCGCGUGGAGGCCGUGCUGUCCGUGUCCGACCGCAGCGUCCAGAGGCUGCAGAGCGGCGGCGGCGGCGGCGGCGCCUGCGGGACCUGCGGCGGCUCCGUGUCCUUCAGCCUGAUCCUGCCCCUGAGGAAGGGGGAGCGCGUGGGCCUGGUGCGGACCGGAGGCCAGCUGGCCACCACCGGCGCCCGGGAGAUCCUCUCCACCUUCAGCGCCGUCUUCCUGUACGCGCCGCAGGACAAGAGAUAGCUGGAGCGCACACACACACACACACACACACACACACACACACACACACACACACACACACACACACACACCCCCGCGUGUUCUGAGAGAGUUGGACUGGAGGAAAUGUUGGAGAAGCCAUAGUUUUCACCGACGCAUGAAGAUUCUCACUUUAUAAAUUACAGUUAAGAAAGUCAUUACAUUGCAAUUUGUAAGCCAUUUGCCAAAUAUACCUAAGUACGAGAAGCAGGAUCUGUUUCUAUUAUAUUUAACUAUCAAGAUGCUUUUUUUUGUAACUAUUUCUGAAUGUCUUGUGUAAAUAAGUGUAAAUUAACAUAAAAAUGUUAUUUCAACAAAGUCAUCUCUAAGGACUCAGCAAGCAAGAAUGUGAUAUCGCUGGUUACGCCAUGAAUCGUGAUAAAUCAAAAGCAUGAGCUCAAUUCAUCUUACUGAGUAAUCUGCGCUGUGGAUGGAAAACAUGAUUAAUAAAUCCACACGAAGGGGUUGUGCAACACAAACUUUAAUUUACGUAAGCUGUGUCUGGCUUUCUCAAACUGCAAUGGAAAAAAAGUCGCAAGGCCAAAAAAGCAUUUGUGUCAUUAUCUAUACUGGGUGUGGACUAAAAAACAAACAAAAAACUAGUAUAGG